AUGGCGAGAAUCAAGGUUCAUGAGCUGAGGGAGAAAUCAAAAACUGACCUUUCGGCUCAGCUGCAGGACUUCAAGGCGGAGCUAGCUCUUCUUCGCGUCGCCAAGGUCACUGGAGGUGGUGAGGAAGUCAUAGCUCAGGUGUUGACCGUGAUAUCACAGAAGCAGAAGCUUGCUCUGAGAGAGGCGUACAAGACCAAGAAGUUUUUGCCUCUUGAUCUUCGUCCCAAGAAGACUAGAGCUAUCAGGAGGAGACUCACCAAGCAUCAGGCGUCGCUCAAGACAGAGAGGGAGGAGAAGAAAGAAAUUUACUUUCCAAUUAGAAAGUACGCUAUUAAGGUGUAA